CGUGAGUUCUAGUGAUGAAAGAAGAGAGAGAAAGAGAGAGAAAGAGAGAGCAGAAGACGAAAAGCAAUCAAAAAGUCUCGACAAUGAAGGUGUAGUCAACUAAUUUUUUGUGAAGUUUUAAGAACAUACGUUUCCUGAAGAUAGUGCAAAAUUUGAUUUAUUAAAUAGGCUUGACAGGUAGACGUAAUUAAAAAAAAAAUUCGUGAAAAAUGACGGAAUAUUGGUUAAUAUCGGCACCAGGUGACAAGACUUGUCAACAAACAUGGGAGACACUAAAUAAUUUGACAUCAAAACAAAAUUCAUUGUCUGAUAAUUAUAAAUUUCACAUUCCUGAUUUAAAAGUUGGAACAUUGGAUCAACUGGUAGGUUUAUCAGAUGAUCUUGGUAAGCUCGAUGCAUUUGUCGAGCAGGUAACACGUAAGGUGGCAACCUACUUGGGUGAGGUUUUAGAAGAUCAAAGGGACAAAUUGCACGAGAAUUUAAUGGCUAACAAUAGUCAGACGUCAAUGGACGGGGAGAACACGAGUCCCGAAUUGGGUCCCGAUACACCGCCAAAUACACCUGUCACACCAUCACAAAAGACCUUCAGGGACCAUCAUCAUCAUCACCACCAUAGGCAGUGGAGGGACACGGAUAAAUUAGAACCAGAACAAGGAGCCUGUCUAGGUCAGCAUCAAUAUCGUCAUCAUCAUCGCCACAAUCAUCAUCAUCAUCAUCAUCAUCAUCAUCAUCACAAUCAUCCUCAUAAUCAUUAUCCUAAUUCUGAAAAAAAGACAUCAACCAGUUCCCAAGGCGCCUGUGAUGUUCGAACAUCAAAUGAUUCGUCAUCGAUGUAUUCGUGCUAUCAUGCGCAUUGGUGCUCUGCUGCUGCUUCUUCAACUCCAUCAACUCCAUCCUUAAGUCCCACUAGGGCAAGUUCCUCUCUUUCCUUUUCAUCCAACUGUAGCAGUGAUGAAGAUGGAAAAUUGCAACAUCAACGAAAUUCUGCUGGACGACGUUCAUUCUUUGAUGACGACCAUGAUGAUCAUCAGGAGAAUCUUGAUGAUGCCGAUGACGAGGACAAUGAGGACCUAGACAGCAAUCAUGAUCAAGAUCAAGAACAUAGUGGCAAUUUGCCAAAUCCAGGUGAUCUUCCAACAUAUAUAACACGAUUUCAAUGGGACAUGGCAAAAUAUCCAAUUAAACAAUCAUUGAGAAAUAUUGCGGAUAUUAUCAGUAAACAAGUGGGACAGAUCGACGCUGAUCUUAAGACAAAGUCUACCACUUAUAAUAAUUUAAAGGGUAGUUUACAAAGUUUGGAAAAGAAACAAACAGGAAGUUUGCUGACGCGUAAUUUGGCAGAUUUGGUUAAAAAGGAACAUUUCAUUCUUGAAAGUGAAUAUCUAUCUACUCUUCUUGUCAUCGUCCCAAAAGCAAAUUUUCAAGAAUGGAAUACUGUUUAUGAAAAAUUGACGGAUAUGAUUGUUCCACGUAGUUCACAACUUAUUAAACAAGACCCUGAAUAUGGUUUAUUCACGGUGACUCUAUUUAAAAAAGUAAUAGAAGAAUUCAAAUUACAUGCACGUGAGAAAAAAUUUAUUGUUCGUGAUUUUAUAUAUAAUGAAGAAGAGCUUGCCGCUGGAAAAAAUGAAAUCACUAAAUUAGUAACAGACAAGAAAAAACAAUUUGGCCCACUUGUUCGUUGGUUAAAAGUAAAUUUCAGUGAAUGUUUUUGUGCCUGGAUUCAUGUGAAAGCACUUCGUGUUUUUGUUGAAUCUGUUUUAAGGUAUGGCUUGCCAGUCAAUUUUCAAGCAAUUCUACUUCAUCCACAUAAAAAGAAUACAAAACGUUUACGUGAUGUUUUAAAUCAACUUUAUGCUCAUCUCGAUUCAUCUGCAACAGCUUCCGGUGGAAAUCAAGAUAGUGUAGACAUUCCAGGCUUGGGUUUUGGUCAAAGUGAUUAUUAUCCCUACGUUUAUUAUAAAAUCAACGUAGAUAUGGUCGACAAUAAAGUUUAGUAAGUAAAUAUUGAAUCGUUGUUAAAUUCAACAAACGGAAUUUGGCGGCAUCGUUUAAUUUAGCUAAUUUUUAUUUCAAGUUUUAAACGAGAAAACUAAAUCGAUUAUUAUUAUUAUUAUACUCUAAAAAAAAAAAAAAAGAUAAAAUCAUUGCACUCAGAAAAAAAACACAAUUCUGUGUACAUUAUCUUCUCAAAAAAUAAUUUAUAGGAAAUAUGUUAAAAAUUGUAAAAAAAAAAGAAAGAAAAAUUUAUACGGUUCUCAGGUAUAUAAUUAAUUUAUUCUAUUUGCAAAUGCAAAAUAAAGAAAAAUCAAUUAAAAUGGGGAAUAAUAUUUUUAUAUAGUUGUAAACAGAGUUUAUAGUCGGGCACCGAUGCCUAAUGUCUUUAAAAGAAAAAUUUAAUGUCAAUGUAUCUAUUUGUACAAAAAAAUUAAUAUUUCAAAAUAUGUUUCCCAAUUCAAAAAUUUCUUAUUAAAUAAUUCUCCAAGCCAAAUAUAUUUUUUUCCCUUUUUAAAAUUUAAAAUUGUAAAUUAUAAAUGGAAAAAAAAAUUAUUGUAAUAGAAUUAUUAAUAGAAAUCUCAACUUUAAGAAUCGCGUAUAAUUAUUAUUUAUUUAUUUCUUUUUUUUUUUUGAAGAAAAUACUAUGUUUUCUUUGCAUUAAAUCCUAUCAAGUAUAAAUUCAUUUUAAUCCAUUUUAAUUCAUAUUAAUUUUGUAAUUUAAAUAAAUAAUUGAAAACAAAUUUUAUUUCUAAGCAAAAAUUUAUAAAAUUGCUUUAAAAAAAGAAAAAUUGGAUUUUAGUUCAGAAAGAGAUAUAUUUUUAUCAGUAUUUUCAAAUAAUUAUAUUAUUAUAUAUAAAAUAGAAACAUGUACACAGAAACUGUAAAAAGUCAUAUAAGUAUUGGAAAUUUUAAUUUAAGAAUUGAAUUAUUUCAUUGUAAAUAGAUCAAUGAAAUUAGAAAAUCGAAAAAAAAAUAUAUAUAUAUUUCAUUAUUUCGUUCAUAGUAAUAAUUUUCUUUUAAAGAUUAUAGUAUUUUUUAUUAGUUUAGAUGCCAUUCCAAGUUUUAUAAUCAUACUAUAUUUGCUUUUACACAAAGACCUAUUAGAAUAAUUUAAAAAAAAAAAAAAAACAAAUCUCAACGUUUUACCAAGUGCGCAGUUGCUGCAUUCGCACGAAUUCGAAAAAAUGAUCAAUAACAUAAUUUUUUUUUUUAUAGAAAUAUUUUUAUUAUUAUACUUGAAUUCGCACUCAAUGCAUAAAAAAAAAUUGAUCAUAUUGUAAUUAUUAUUAUUAUUAUUGUAAACAGAUAAUAUUGAAAAAAAAUCCGAAACACUGUGUCAAAAUAUUUCUGAGUAUUAAAUUUGUUAAAUUAACAAUUUUAAUUUGAUAAUUUUGUCAAUUUUUGGAAAAAUCAAAUUUACUACGCGUUUAAUAUAUUACAAUUUGUUUCAAUCAAUUGAUGACAAUACAGUGUGCGUUAUGUAUAUUAUUACCUUGUUAUGAUUAUAAUUGUGAAUGUUGUUUUUAUUUGUAAAAAAAAAAAAAUUAAUUGAAUGAAUGAAUAUUAAAAAGAAAAAACGUUAAAUAAAACUAUUGUAAGUUGUAGAUACCGUUAUAACGUGACUUUUUUUUUUUGUUUAUUACCAUAAAUACUUAUACAUGUACUGUAAUAGGUACUGUGUAAUUAUAAAUAAAUAUGUUGCGUUAAA